CUGGCUCCAGGCUCCAGGCUCCAGGCUCCAGGCUCCAGGCUCCAGGCUCCAGGCUCCAGGCUCCAGGCUCCAGGCUCCAGGCUCCAGGCUCCAGGCUCCAGGCUCCAGGCUCCAGGCUCCAGGCUCCAGGCUCCAGGCUCCAGGCUCCAGGCUCCAGGCUCCAGGCUCCAGGCUCCAGGCUCCAGGCUCCAGGCUCCAGGCUCCAGGCUCCAGGCUCCAGGCUCCAGGCUCCAGGCUCCAGGCUCCAGGCUCCAGGCUCCAGGCUCCAGGCUCCAGGCUCCAGGCUCCAGGCUCCAGGCUCCAGGCUCCAGGCUCCAGGCUCCAGGCUCCAGGCUCCAGGCUCCAGGCUCCAGGCUCCAGGCUCCAGGCUCCAGGCUCCAGGCUCCAGGCUCCAGGCUCCAGGCUCCAGGCUCCAGGCUCCAGGGAAGGGGAGAACUGAUUCUUCCCUCCACUUCCCUCUUCCUUUAUAGUAAUCUUCCUGAGGUCAAUGGGCCAUCGGGGGCACGUAUUUUUUUUUAA